UGCGUGACUCAGGUAUAUUGUGUUUUCCCCCGAACACUGACUGAGCGUUAUUUUUUCUAAAAUAAUUAGGCCUACGUUAAAUCGAUUCAUGAAGUUUAAAUUUAAAUAGUGUGGGUGUCAAGGGAGAAAGAGAGACGGAUGUAAACGAUUAUGUCAAUGUAGCUUUGACUCCUGAGAUAGAGAGAGAGAGAGAGAGAGAGAGAGAGAGAGAGAGUGAAUCGCCGCUCAUAUCAAACUUCGCCUCGCAUCUGGUUUGUGUCUGACUCUGUCUGAAGUGUGCUGUUGUUUUCAUUUCUCUCAUCUCAUUCGUUCAUCAGCUGAAUCAUGAGCGGUGAAUGGCCGCUGGGAGACGAGAGUUCGCUCAUGUCUCCGUCAGAGGAGGAGAAGUACGAGGAGCUGUGGGAGCGAGUGGAAGGAGUGCGACACAAAUUGACCCGCAUUUUAAACCCGGCAAAGCUGACGCCGUAUCUGAGGCAAUGCAAAGUGAUCGACGAGCAGGACGAGGACGAGGUGCUGAACUCCAGUCAGUAUCCACUGAGAAUCAGCAGAGCCGGGCGUUUAUUGGACAUCCUGAGGGGGCGUGGCGAGCGUGGUCUCCAGGCCUUCAUGGAGUCACUGGAGUUUUACCAUCCGGAGCAGUUCACGCAGCUGACCGGACGACAGCCGACACAGCGCUGCUCCAUCAUGCUGGAUGAGGAGGGUCCUGAGGGUCUGACUCAGUUUCUGCUGCUGGAGGUUCGUAAGCUGCGAGAGCAGUUGCACUGCAGCCGUGUGUGUGAGCGGCGUCUGUCUCAGCGCUGUCGCGUGGCCGAGGACGAGCGCAGCCGAGCUGAACGCAAAGCGCAGGAGCUGCGACAGGACCGCAUACAACUGGAGAGGUUGAGGCAGGACUGGGAGUCUGGCAGUCGUGAGUUGGGUUUGUUGAAGGAGAGACAUCUGGAACAGGCUGUAAAAUACUCGCGAGCGUUAGAGGAACAGCGCAGAGCUACUGCAUGCGAGAGAGAACUUCUCACAGAGGUGGAGCAGCUCAGGAAGAGAUUACAGGAGAUGGAGAAACGAGUUCACGGUGGCUCUGCCCCCUCGCUGACUCAUCACACGAGCAGUGCCCCCGCAGGACCGGAGGAGACACCACCGCUCGCCGUGAGAAACAGAGAGCUUAACUCUGGAAAUCAGGCUCUGUUGGACAUCCUGAAGCAGGACCGGCGGGAGGCGGUGGAGCAGCGGCAGGAACUGAGCAGCACCAUCGCCCGACUGCAGGGGGAGCUGGAGAGCUCUGAGACUCAGAGAGAGAAAUUGGCAUCUCAGUGUGAGCAGCUACAGCUGCGUCUCAGGACUCUGCAGCUGGACUGGGAGACGGAGCAGAGCAGGAGUGUGUCUUACUUCAACCAGAUCAUGGAGGUGGAGAGAGAGAGAGACCAGGCACUGCGCAGUCGCGACAGUCUGCAGCUGGAGUUCACCGACUGCCUCCUGGACAAGAACCGUCUGCGCAAACGUAUUGCGGAGCUGCAGAGCAGCCUGGAGCAGCUGCAGAGAGAGACAGAGAGAAACCGAGAGCGGAGAGAGCAGAGCAACACCUGCAUGCACUGCUCUCACCUGUCAUUGUUCAGUGAGGAUCAGUGUUUUGGCCCGUGUUGUUCCGUUGAUUUGAGUCCCAGUCCACUCACACUCAGAGCUCAGCUGAAGUCAACCUCUCAAGCUCAGAUCUGUGAACAGUCUGAAGACUCCUGCUAUUCUAAUUCAGAGGAGAAUCUGUUCAUGCCGGAGUGUAAUGCUGAGAAGGAUAUCAACAGACUCUCCACAUUUCCCUUUCCUCCCUGUAUGAACUCCAUCAACCGCAGAGCAAACAUUGAGUUUGAUUUGAACUCUAGGGGGAGCGACGAGAACGAACCGCUUACAGAGGACUCAGACUCGUUUCUGUUGAGUUCGUGGAGCUCUCUGCCAUCUCAGCUCUUUCCUCCUGACGUGAUUAACGUGACUCCGACUCUCCCGAUCAAACCUUCAUCAUCCUCCCAGCGAUUGUCUCUGGCACUCCCCUCCUCGUCCAAAAGAGUCAGUCUGGCGGACGACAUCACUAUCAUUGGAGGAAACCGGACAGGUGUGUUUGUGCAGACGGUCAGGGCGGGUUCACCUGCGCAGAUCUGCGGCCUAAGAGAGGGCAGUGAACUACUGGAGUUGGAUCAGGUGUUGUUCGGCGAGGGUCGUGUUCGUCUCAGUCAGUGUACGGCUGAAGUGGCUCAUUUCUCACUGCAGUGGUGGACCGAACCGAACGCGCUCAAACACACACACAAUCCCGACGGUUAUUCUCGUUUACUCGCUGAACUCUCGUCUCCGUCUUUCACCGGCGCUGACUCGUUCUACGUGCGCGUGAACCUUGACCUCUGUCACCAUGGCGACCCGCCGUGUCUCAGGGUUUGCUGUGACGACGUGCUGCACGUCACAGACACGCGUUACAAUGGUAAAUAUCAGUGGCGCUGCAUUCGCAUGGACAAACACACGGGGGCGCCGCUGCAGGCCGGAGCCGUGCCCAACUACAACAGGGCUCAGCAGCUGCUGUUGGUGAGACUUCGUACGAUGGCGCUGGAACAGAAUCAGUGCAGGAGGAAGUUCUGUAAGAAAACCUCUGAGCGCGUUCGGCUCAUUAAAGCGGUCGCGGCGAACUAUCGCGAGAUUGGCUCAUCUAGUCCGGUGCUCUACACACUCAGUAACCGGCAUGAGGAGCAGCUGAUCCCGUUCAGUCUGGUUCAGAUGGUUGGGGUCUUCAGCAAACGGCCGGUGGUUUUCUCCCCGUCUAUUCUGUCCCGCGGGAUUAUCGAGCGGCUGCUGCAGCCGGCAGAAUCCGGUCUGGACUUCAACACCUGCCAUCCAGAGCCAGUGGAAAGUUGUGUGCGUCAGGAUAAGAGUGUGUUCCUCAUAGACUCCACAGAUCAACCACUGGGAAUCAAACUACAGAGUAUCCAAGAGGUUAUUAACCAGGACAAGCACUGUCUGCUUCAGCUGGGCUUGAAUCAUGUGGAGAAUCUCCUGAAGCAGAGCAUCUAUCCCAUCAUCAUCUACAUCAAACCCAAAAACAAGAAGGGACGCAAGUUCAGGAAGCUGUUAUCGGGCCACCGAGAGGAGGACCUGAUGGAAGCCUGUCAGAUGGAGGAGCUACAGCUGGAGACUCUUCCUGUGAUGUUCAGCACGGUGGAGCCAAACGCGUGGAGCAGCACGGAUGAGCUUCUGGCCGUCAUACGCAGCACAAUCCUGAGCCAGCAGAGCACCAUGGUGUGGCUGGAGCAGGAGCGACUCCAGUAGAGACGCAUCCUAAUGCGUUUCACACUUACUGUUGUUUAGGAUUGGUUAUGGGACAGAUGAUUAAUGACCAUACCUGUCAUAUAGUGGUUACAUCUCAUAUACUCCAUAAUGUGAAUCCACUGAUUUGAAUAAAAAGAAAAUUAAAAAACAUAUUUUAACAAACUGAUGCUGGAGAUUGGGGUUUCUACAGUUUUA